AUGCGUUUUGCAAUACUCUUUACUAAUUGGGUAGAUUUGUUGUUGAGUUUUAAAGAGGUAGGUAUGAAAGCGGCGAAAUACGUCCAUUGCUUCGAUGAGAACUUAUUUACGAGUCAAAAUUCAGACGGAUAG